AUGCAUCAUUGUAGCUACGCUGACAAAGUUUCAUCGAAUUUAUUAAUAUCUGGCACUAAAACAUCACACUGUAAUGAAGUUGAAAAAAGUAUAGCGCCAAAGUUACUUGAAAAGUCAAGCGAUUUAAUUGUUGACGUAAAUAAUCAAAAUUUCAACCCUGGAAACCUGUGGUCAGAUGCCGAGAAAACACCAGUGGAGGAUGGGUUUAGAGAGUACAUUUCCAGAAAUAAAAAAAGAGCCAGACUAAACAACUCAUCUGAAGAUAAUAAUGAAAUGAAAUCAAGUGGUACCACCGGUAACACGGGCAAUGUUAACGCAUCCAUUCCAAAACCAAUUAAAAAAAUUAUUGGCAUCAAAGUAAUCGACAACUGCAAACUUCAGGCCGAAAAGAACCUUAUAAAAAAGACCGUUUUCUUGAUGAGCAACGUAAAAAGAUGUCACAGAAAUGAUGUCAUAGAUUUUCUUAAAACAAGUGGUAUAAACGUCAUCUCUUGUUUUCCGGUGAUAAAACGUUCUAAUCAGGAAAUAAGCGAUCCAGUAAACAAGGAUGAGGAAGAAUCAACGAUGUUUCGUGUAUGUGUUGAAAGUUGCGAUGGACCGAAGAUGAAGGACCCGGAAAUUAUGUUAAAACACAUCAUUGUACGCGAAUGGCGUUUCGGGAAAAACACCGACAAAAACUCCGAUACAACGAACAAACAUGGCUGA